AUGAUAAAAAAUUAUUAUAAACAGUCUAGGCAAUCAUCUCAAAAAAAACCUUGUGAAUUUCAUUGCAAUUCUAAAUCCUAAUCAAAAUCUCCUACUUAAAAUAAAUCAAAGACAACUUAAAAAUAAUCAAAUGAAAUAUUUAGAUCAAAAUACACUAUGCCAAAAGGAGAAUUAAAAUAUUAUAAGGAAUGCUUUCCUGAAGAAUAUACUAUAUUUUCUAUAAAUAAUGAAAUAAACUUUGAAAAGGAUAUAAUAAAAUGCAAAUAAAAGGAUUCUCAACUUAAUACUACUUUAGAAGGCUCAUUUGAUGAGGAUCAAUGUUAGCUUUAAGAUUUUACUCUUCAAGCAUCAUUCAAUCCCAUGCCUUAUACAUAACAUUAACAUAGCUCUCGCUUUGUUUAUUAGAAAAGAGAGAGAAUAUUCGAGGAAAGAAGAACUUCUUUAAGUAAUACUUAAAGCAUUACAUAGGUCCUUUGUAGAGAAGCUUAUACUUAAAAAACAAUAGUUAAUUGCAAAGUAGUAAAAGGAAAAUAUUUGAUUGA